GUGGUGCCAUUUGUGUCAGUCUACAGAGAAUCCAAAAUAAGAACCAAAUGAACAGAGAAAGAAAUCCAGGGAAGUAUCCAGAGAACUUGGAACACACUGAAGUCCUGAGGAUUACUAUUGGCCAAAUUGAACCAAAACUGAGGGGAAUUGCGUAACCUAUUUUUAUAGUACGUAUAACUAGUUGAGAUGAUUAUAUAUCUUGACUAUUGGAAUUGCGUGUCACUUCUCAAAUCCCACUCCCUCAGUCAGCUUGUCUUUCUUCUUUUCUUCUCUUUUCUCAUCUUUCAUCCUUUUCUUUUCCCUCGUUUCACCAACAGAGUCCGGUAUGUUAAUCUAUCCAUGCACCGUCUUCCCACUACUUCCAAGUUUCCUUCGUGUCGAUCCUGUGCAUCCACUCUCACUAACAGUCAGAACAGGGUUAAUUUCCUGCCUCCCACCCACUGCCGCUUUCUCUCGUUUCUUGCACUAUCGAUUCUCUCUUUCUCCCUUGUAAAAGAGAUAUUCCUCCCUCCUCCAUUUCCCCUAACUGCGGAUCCAUUUCAAGACAUAUACACGUCGCCCUUUCGCGCUGAACUUGGGAACCUGGGUUUUUAUUGCUCGCUGCCUCCCUGAGUCGUGCAUCUCCUCCCUUCACUGAUUUCCAUCCAACAUACACAUACCAUUUGAUCGUCUUGCUUGGCGGUUCCCACCUGUAUCGUGGCUGCGCUCCACAACGGAGAUCGCAACGGGUC